UGUUGCCACCGUUGCCACUGUUUUUUAAUUUAAUUUAAUUUUAUUUAUUUUUUUAACAAAUGCAGACAGUUUUUGCAAACUCAUGUUGUUAGAUGAAUAUCAAAGGGUCCAAGAAAUUUUAAGUAAUAGAUUACGUAAUCGCGACUUCGCACCAUCACCAACCAAUAACUUUCCCAAAGUCGACCCUUCACUAUUCUUUACUUAUUAAAAUUUCUAAUUAGUGCAUUAUUCAAAAUUUACAUGUUUGCAACGUCAACAACAAAAUGUAUAAUGUAAAAGGACCCAGUAAAAUCGUAGCUAAAACUACAAGACGAGGCAUUUCGCAGAAUAUGGACAAUAUUCGGGAAUAUACACGGAAUAAAUCUGUAGAAAGUGAAGACAAGGAACUACCGGCGGUACCUAGACCAGUUUUUCACAACAAAAAGUCAGUCUCAUAUCAGCACAGACAGGAAGUUAUAUCACCACAACAUGAAGAAAUUAUAAAAUUCGUCAAUGAUUCUUGGAAUAAGGUUUGUGCAGAAAUAAGUCAAGAUUCUGAUGGUUGUGCUAGCCCCAAAAGUGAUCAAUCGAUUUAUUAUGAAGAUGAGCCUCUCAUUUUGGAAGGUUUUAAACCAUUUGAUCUGGAGUCUUGGUGGGGCAAACGCCUUUAUGCAUGCAUAACUGGUUCAGCAAACGGGAAAAAUUAACUUUUUUCUGAAGCAGUGUCGGUAGCUAGUCACAUUUUUUGUUAAAUCUUAUGUACAAAGAUUUCGGCUCUUUAAUUUUUAGGUGUAGUGUAGUCUCAACUUUUUUUAAUUUUUUUAUCAGGUUAUACGAUUUUAUUAGAUUUUAUGCCUUGUUAAUUGCAAAAAGCCUCUUUGUUACUAUUUCAGGGGUUUUUUUCAUUUUAAAUUUGUAAUAAUUACGAAAAAAAUAAAAUGUGAUAUUUGUA